GACACUGCUGCAUUCUGCUAUGUUUGUUGAGCCUGGUCUGGUUUUUCGAGACAGUUGCAGUUCAACUUUUGGCCUCUAGAUGACCAACAAGACGAGCUUGGCUGCAGACCGACCAGGAGCAAUUGAGUGCAGAUAGCUUCAAGCUAACGCUAGCUAUCACAACAUUAUUUACCCCAGUUUGGGGCUUUAAUCAGUCAUUGGUUUGCUAGCUCGCCCAGGGCUGGCUUCACUGGCCAAACAUGCAGAAAUAUGAAAAGCUUGAAAAAAUCGGAGAGGGAACGUACGGGACAGUUUUCAAGGCCAAAAACAGAGAAACCCACGAAAUUGUGGCUUUGAAGAGGGUCAGGUUGGACGACGACGACGAGGGGGUGCCAAGUUCAGCUCUGAGAGAAAUCUGUCUCCUGAAGGAACUAAAGCAUAAAAACAUAGUCAGACUACAUGAUGUUUUGCACAGUGACAAGAAGUUAACCUUGGUUUUUGAAUAUUGCGAUCAGGAUUUGAAGAAGUAUUUUGACAGCUGCAAUGGGGACCUAGAUCCUGAAACUGUGAAGUCAUUCAUGUAUCAGCUGUUGAAAGGCCUGGCCUUCUGUCACAGUCGAAACGUUCUUCACAGAGAUCUGAAGCCACAGAAUCUCCUCAUAAACAGAAACGGGGAGUUGAAGCUGGCCGACUUUGGGUUGGCUCGAGCCUUUGGCAUACCUGUGAGGUGUUACUCUGCAGAGGUGGUGACAUUGUGGUACCGACCUCCCGAUGUGCUGUUUGGUGCUAAACUUUAUUCUACCUCAAUUGACAUGUGGUCUGCUGGAUGCAUAUUUGCAGAGCUGGCCAACGCUGGAAGGCCUUUAUUCCCCGGGAACGACGUGGACGACCAGUUGAAAAGAAUCUUCAGAUUGUUGGGUACACCAACUGAAGAGCAGUGGCAGACGAUGACGAAACUCCCAGAUUACAAGCCAUAUCCCAUGUAUCCAGCCACCACCUCACUGGUGAAUGUGGUCCCCAAACUAAGUAGCACAGGACGGGAUCUACUCCAGAACCUGUUAAAAUGUAAUCCCGUCCAGAGGAUCUCUGCAGAAGAGGCCUUGCAGCACCCUUACUUUGCUGAUUUCUGCCCACCCUAAAUGCUAAAUGGCCUCUCGCUGAACCUCCGCCGCCAGAAUCAAUCAUCCUUCACUCUGUUGGGUCAUUAGGACCGGUCCCAACAAGGCAAAUCCCUCACCAGUUUUCAAACACUCCCCUGCAUCUCAUUCUGUCGUGCCUCUGUGUGGAACAAAGUCCUGGUGGCUCUGCAAGGUUUUAGGUUCUUUUAAGUUGCAAGCCUGUUUAAUUUGGUACAUACACGCCUCCCAGUUAAUUAGCACUAGCGUGGGAGGGUGCGGUAUGUGUCGCAUUGAAUAAAUUGUCUACCUGUGGAAACGGCUGAGAACAAAACACCCCUCUGCUCCAAAAGACUUUAAUUAACAUGCUGUUUAUUUCUCACGUUUAAGUGGUUCGUCAUGAAUGAAAGACGGCCCUUUGAAUCUGCGGUCGUCUCAUUUGGGGAAUUCAUUUUGUUUACCUAAAACUUAAAGUGCUGGCACAUACUGCAUCAGCUCUGACAUUAUGGUCUCUGGUCCUGUUGUGGUGUGUUUUGCCACUUUGCUUCCAUUAAUAGAAGUCUUACCUUUGGUGGAGAGAGUGUUGAGUUUUGAUGCCAAUACCAAUAUUAAUAUUUCAGAGAUUAGAAAAUGUGAUCUUGAUAUAUUGGCCAUAAAAACAAAGCAUAAACUUGUUUUAUUAUUAUGAGCAUCACUUCAAUUUGGUUUUUAAAGCAUUGUGAUUUGGCUGUAGCUCCUCAUGAGCUGCGAUAAAUGCUGGAGCUGACACUGAUACAUGUGUGAGAAGUUAAUGCCCAGUUAUAUAUUGGCUCUAGAGGAGACCACAGGUUCCUGAGACAGCUGAUGCUCCAGUGUUCCUAUUUCAAAUAUAUUCAAAUUUCAAAUUAAAUUGCUCAUUUGUCGGUUUUAGAACCUCAAGUGAGCAAUUAAUCUGAACAUUUAAAAGGCUGAAUUUGUCUAGUGUCUUUUCAGGAUAACAUGCUGAUUUUGUUUUACAAGCCUGUAAAUUCCAAAUUUCAGAGGAAUUUUUUUGGAUAUAAAUACUGUAUGUAAUUUGGUACUAAUUUAUUAUUUUUUUCAAGGAAUUACUCCCUUUAAACCUUUUGUACACACUUAAAAAGUGUUCACUCGUUACUAGGAACUUUUUACACAGGUUUAAUUUUUUAUUUUUAUUUAUAAUAAGAAAAAAUACACCUAUGUUAAUACUAAUACAUUAUUCAUUUAUUAUUGGACUUUUUUUUCCUUCAGUUUUUGCAAAAUUUAAAAUAAAAGUAAAUAAUGAAACCUGCCUAAAUAGUUAAAAU